AUGGCGGCUCUUCUCUACAGAAGCAUAGCGAUGCCCGGUAACCCGAUGGCAGAUGGUUCACAGCGGGCAGUGAAGCUGUCGAUACUAUGUCUAGUCAUGGCUGUCAUCGCGGGAAUCCUCGUUGCCAUCCGUUUCGUCGGGAGAUACCUGAAGCGCUCCAUCGGCGCAGACGACUGGACAAUACUGGCUGCAUUUGUCCUCGCGCUUCUCUACACUGCCCUACAGAUAACCUGUAAGUGGUAG